GGUAAUAUCCGGCGCAAGGGCGGGGUUAGCCGAAAGCGUCCGGGAGCUUACGGGAUAGACUUGAAGGAAUUUCAGUGGCAUAUUUCUGCAACUUGUCAGACCACGGUGCAGAGUGCUAGCAGUAAACGUUCAGUAUGGGUCUGUUUGACACAGUCAAGAAGUUCAAGGGCCAGGACUACAAUGCCCUUAAGAAGGAGUGCAAGGAGAAGGGGACACUCUUCAUCGACCCCGAGUUCCCUCCCGAUGACAGGUCACUCUUCUACACAAAGGGGAAACUUGCAGGAGUGGCUUGGAUGCGACCAAAGCAAAUUGUGGACAACCCAAAGUUAUUUGUUGAAGGUGCAAGUUCUAACGAUGUGUCCCAGGGUCGCCUUGGCAACUGCUGGUUUGUGGCGGCCAGUUCCUGUCUGGCACAGUAUUCUGAAAUCUGGAACAAGGUGAUCCCAGAUGCUGCGGGCCAGGAGUGGGAUGAUCAGAAGCCGAACUACCAAGGAAUCUUCCGCUUCAUGUUCUGGCGCUAUGGGGAGUGGACCGAAGUAGUCAUCGAUGACCAUCUACCUGUGAUCGGUGGAGAGCUGGUCUUCAUCCACUCACAGAGCAAGAAUGAAUUCUGGAGCGCUCUGUUGGAGAAGGCAUAUGCGAAAUUCUUCGGAUGCUAUGAGUCUCUGGAUGGUGGGGACUUGAAUGAGGCUCUGGAGGAUUUCACUGGUGGUGUGUCCGACACAUAUGAGAUGGAAAAGAUGGGGGUGGCAACCGAGCCAGAGAAGCGGGCGGAGUUCUUUGCCCGAAUGCAGAAAGAAAUGGACAGGAGGUCUCUGAUGGCAGCAUCAAUUCCAGCUGAAUCUGCCCAAGAGAUGGAAGCCAGCACAGACAUGGGUCUGGUCAAAGGCCAUGCCUAUGGUGUGACCUGUGUGAAGAAUGUCCACCUGGAAGGAUCGUCAGGACUGUUCAGCAUGUUCAAUCGUCCAAAACUGGCAAUGGUUCGACUUCGUAACCCUUGGGGUCAAUGUGAAUGGAAGGGAGCAUUCAGUGAUGGAUCUCCUGAGUGGGAGAAAAUUGACAAGAAUGAUCAGAAGAAGAUUGGCUUGACUGUUGAUGAUGAUGGUGAAUUCUGGAUGACUUUCGAGGACUUCUGCAAGUACUUCAAACAAGUUGGAAUCUGCCGUAACGUGAACACGUCUUUGUUCACCCUGACCAAAACAUGGAACGAAGGUCUGCAUCACGGGGCCUGGAAGAAGCCGAACAGGGCAGGGGGCUGCCUCAACAACCGGGACACCUUCCUCAACAACCCACAGUAUGCAUUUGACAUCAGUGGGGAAGAGGAGGAGUUUAUGGUCCACUUGAGUCAGAAGAGCACUCGGACCAAGGAAGGCUCCACCAACGAAACUAUGGGCUUCACCAUAUUCAAAGUUGAGAUUAACAGACGGUACAGAAUGCAUGAUCUGAGUCACCACGAGAAGCUAGUGUCGUCCGUCUUCAGGAACAGCCGGUCCAUCUUUAUGAGGCCAACAGCCACAAAGGGACGUUACGUCAUCGUCCCCACUACCUUUGAGAAGGAUAUUGAGUCAAACUUCCUCAUCAGAAUCUACACAGAUAGUGCUAACAACUUCAAGCACCUGGAUCAGGAUCAGCCACAGAAGAGUUGGUGGAACUGCUUGAGCAGUGAGCCAGUCAUGGUUACACACAUCAAGGUCAUAGGAGCCCAUGGUCUGGAGAAACAGGACACAGCCGGUGGCGCUGACCCUUACGUCAUCAUCAAGUGUGAAGGAGAGACAGUGCGGACCACAAGCUGCAAGAACACCAUAGACCCGAACUGGAACCAGAGUGCUGUGUUCUACAGGAAGAAGCCCCUCGGUGCACCGAUCAAGAUCCAGAUCUGGAACAACAAUCUCUUGAGGGACGAGUACAUGGGCAAGCAUGUGUUUAUGAGUGCUGAUGAAUGCACCCACUCAAUACAGGAAGUGGGCCUCGUUGGACGCAAGAAGGAGCAGGGAGCCGCAAGGCCAGGCAAAGUCCGUGUGGAGAUCACACAGAGCAAGACCCUCUCUACAAUCUAAACAUUAUCUGCUGUUAUCAGAAACCUGGUGCUCACAAUAUUGUUACAUUGUUAGGCUUGUGGAUCCACUCACAACACCUGUAACACCUGUUUCAAAAUGUUACCUGUAGGGAUUUACCUGAAUGUAUUUCUUCGAUUAAAAAUGGUGAUCUAUAUCACUCUUUAUCCCUGGCAUUUAAUAACAAAGAUAAUAAAAGUGUCGAAUUUUAUGUAUCAAAGCUACCAGUAUUUAAUUCAGGCUGGGCAAAUUUUAAAGGCACUUUGGUUUAAGUUUUCAACAUCAGAGUUUAAUCAAGGAAAUACAGUAAUUUGAAGCUUUUGUCAUAUUCCUCCACUGUGGUGUUUUCUUACACAUGGCUUUACUGUUCUGUCUUUUUAUUGGAAUUACAAUACAGUUCUUUUGUGUACGUUUUGAAAAUGAUGACACACCAUUAACUGUUACGUGUGUCUUGGAAUAACUUUCUGAUGUUCACCUCUGUCAAGACGUCAGAAACUUAUGAAUGAGUGGCUAUAGAAGGUAACAAGUUUAUGUUCUGCUUGAAUAUGUUAUUCACAGAGUACUUUGCAAAAGUGUUUCAUAACUGCGAUUUAUUACUCAGAACGAAUAGAUCAUGGACUUGUAAGUAUAUAACAAGCAAAUUGUAAUGUGCUGAUUUAUUAACAAGUGCAAAUUUACAAAACCACUGUCUUUCCUUGUGAACUUAUUCUCUUGUUAGUCUCAUGAUGUGAAUAGUUACUCAUUGAUAUUGACUUUUAAACUUUUUUAAUUAUCAGUGUUUGCUUUGUGAGUCUGUUUGUAUUGGAUACAAGUAAACACGGGAUAACUUUUCAAUUUCCAACCAGUGUUACUUGUCUUUAUACAUCUAUGUGGUUGUUACUUGCUAGGUAUUUGUACAUAGCGUAUUCACUCUGAACCCUUUGUCUUGUAAUGUGAAACGUUAUGUUUGGAUAGUGCAUGACUAUGUAGGCAUUUGAAAAGAUGUAGCAUAGCAUUCUGAGUAAAAUUUACUUUCUCUUCCUGCACUGAGUCAUGUGAUUUUAAAUUUUCAAGGAGGUAUUUUAUGCUAAAAUAUAAAAAUGUUAAUUAUUUACUUACCGUCCAAAUCAUAAAUGCAUUUAAGGAAUUGAAUAUUUCUGAUAUUAAAUCUAAAAUAGAGUUACAUACCACUUUCUGGGUUUUCAUGGUUUUCAAGAAGUCUUCAUUUUGCAUCUUUAGCAAGAACAGUACAAUAUAUCUGUUGCAGAAAAUAAGUCCUUUUAGAAGAUGUUAGAUAGUCAUGUAUUUAGUUGUCCGAUCAAGGCAAUGGUAGGGAACCUAAUGCUCACAUUGAUUAGUCCAGGGCCAGUAUUGUUUAUAGUGAAAACAUUCUUGGUUUCCAAGCCUAAUAGUAGUAAGGGCCAUGCAAUAGGCUAGUUAAUGUAGAGGUAUGCAUAUACACAUUUGUGAGGGUUUUGUAUUGCUGUGAUAGUUACUGUUGCUUGACUGCUAGUCCUUGCUUCUUGUCUUGCCACCACUUUAGCAGCUACCAGGAUGUGUGUAUAACACUUACCAGGAUAUAUACACCCAUAAUAACUACCAGGAAUACAGGACUGUACUGCCUACCUACAUAUUGUAUAUUGCCUCCAGACAGGCAACAGGAAUUACAUCAGGAUGACCUUUCUUCUCAGAUAAAUAAUCAAUCAGGAAAGGUUUAUUUCUAAAAUAUUGUUUUAUAGUGUGAUCAGACAGGAACCAAAGCACCAUCAGAACAAGUGUUGAGGAUGGACUUCCUUUUGAAUAGUCAGCAUGUGUAAUUAGGAGAGUUAUCAGAGUUCAAGUCUCUCUACCCAGAACUAGGAACCCCAGGAAGUGCUGCAGUUUAGCACAAAUAUGUUGAGCUAAAUGAUGUGACAGAUCUUUUGCACAAUUCAUCAUAAUAUUGUAAACCUGCCAAUUCACCCUUUGGUGGAGGAAAAUAGUAGUUAGUAGCCUCAAUGUCUCAUCAAUUUGCUUGAACAAAUCCUAUCCUGCUAAAUAUGUACUCGACAUGUAACCCAUAUUGGCAGUGAUGGUGCAGAGGGAAGGGAGAGUGCCUAUUUUUGUACCAUUGAUAAUGUACACUAACAUGUAGAAUCACUGCAUGCGGUUGUUAAAGGGGUAAGGCUUCAUAUAUUGUAAGCCCACAUCUCUGAUGUAAUGCAAUUCUUUUACGACGUCUACUGUAUCUUGCACUGGGAAGGUUGUAUAUUCUUUAUAAUCUUUUCUAUUUUAUUACUUUUGUUGUCAUUUUCAUAUGUUAAUAAACAUUUUUGUAUAUUUUAUUUUACAUGUAUGUUUCAUUACAUCACUCAUAGAUCUUGUGUUUGGACAUGUACCCAUGUGCAUCAACUUUAGAUGCUAUGAUUUAUGAUGCUGUCCUGUAACUUAAUAUAUUUUAAUAACCUACAUGACACAACAGAUUCAAUGAAAGGAACUUUUUCUGGUGGAACAAAUUAUUUUAAGAAGUACCCUUAAGGCUGAUAUCACGAAACAUUGUGUGUAUCAUAUUUAUUAAUUCUGAGACAAACAUGUUGUUUUCACACCCUUAGUUUUGUCUAAAUUUCAUGUUAUCAUCUUUACAACAUCUGUCCAACUUAUAACUGCUGACAUUUUUUUAACAUGAAUUUUUAAAGGUUUUCAUAAGGUUGAUCUAAUGAGUCAACUGUGUGUGGUUAAUGAGACGUCAUACUUGAGUGAUUUAUUUAAUAUGAUAACGGUGUAAUAUGGAGUUCUUCAGUGCUACACAAUGUCUCAUGCUUCAGAGAAAAUACUUUGACCUUGAGUUAAGAAUCUCAUGAUUAUCCAUAUGCUUCAAUUGUUUUAGUUGUAGAUAGUGUAGACAUCUCAAAUAACUGGCACAUGACUGUCAUCUGUGGCACCUAGAUUCAGCCAUGUUCAUUAAACCUCAUGCUGUGUUUAAUAAACAUUUUGUUCUCGA